AUGCGUCACAGCGCACUAGCUGGUUCCUUCGCUGCCCUCGCCGGUUUACUAGGCAAACUCGGCGCCGAUGGCGACUCGAGCGCGCUGCAGCUUUUUGAAACCCAAUGUCAAUCGUCGUCAUGGUUUGACUCAUGCGGUCUACUGAGUUAUCUCGUGCGCGUCUUGUGUCUGGUACUAAUGCUCGGCGCCAAUAGCCUGAUGCUCAGCUGCUUUGUUAAGGGACUACACGAGACGGACUCGCUCACAGCCACAGUCACAAGCGCAGCGGUGAACUUUAUGCUCUCGGCUGCUAGUGGCUUUUUCUUCUUCCAGGAGCAUCUACCCCCUCGCUGGUUCCUGGGAGCCUUUGUGAUUUUAGUAGGAAUGGCAUUCCUAAUGCAUGGAAACACCCCUGCAGAGGACAAGACCAAGCAGGAAUAG